GCUUUUCCCCACAUUCAUUCAUUGACUGAGUGGUCAUGAGUGAAAAUCCAAAGAACUUUGUCAAAGCGCUGUUCAAAGAUCUGCGCGAACGCGGCGACGAGCUGCUCGAUGGGACGUCCAAGCUCAGCCUCGCCGCGGACUGGCUGCAGUACCUGAGCACGCGCUUCCCCGAAUUCCCCGAUACCGGCAAUCCAGAGGCCGACAACGAGUUCAACGCGUCCCUCUCAGUAACGGAUGGUAUUCUCGCGGACGAGGUUGCGUUCGUGUUUGAUUUUUUCCAACUCAUCGGAGCACUCAAGCUGUUGCCGCCAAGGGGUCGCUUCAAUCCAGUCGCUCCACCGGCAUCGCUUGGCGUGUUUCGCUCAAUCACAGUGUUGGAGAUCACAGACUUUCCUAUUACAAGCCUGGCACCCAUCACAACCCUUCGUGGACAUUUGCAGUCUCUUACCGUGUCGCACUCGAUUGAAUCGCUGCAGUCGCUGUUGCAAGGGCCCAAGGGCAGAAACCCCGAAACGCCGGCGCAGGAUCGCCCUUGGCUCAAGUUGACGCAUUUAAUUUGUGCAAACAAUCGUAUCUCUGCGUUGGAUUCGUCUUUGCGGCUUGUGCCUUCGGUUUCCCACUUCAAUCUCAGUAACAACGUUCUCGAUGCCAUUUCAGCCGAUCUAAAGCAUUUAUCCAACAUUGUUUCGCUCGACAUGAGCUCAAACAAUAUUUCAAGUGUCGACCGGUUGUAUGAAAUUCUAGGGAACGUCACCAUCUUGAAUUUGCGAGGAAACGCUCUGUUCUCGCUCAAGGGUCUUGAAAAGCUCUAUCCUAUCGAAGAUUUGGAUUUGUCGCAAAACAAAAUCGUCAACCUCGAAGAGCUUCGAAUCUUGUCACGGCUUCCCAUGCUGUCCAAACUCAACCUGGUUGGCAACCCGAUUUGUGCAUACGAGGACUACCGGUCAAAAGUGUUUGCCAUGUUUGGCUCGCGAGGUCAUGAGCUCCUUCUGGACGGCACUGGGCCCGGUCCGAAAGAGCGCCAGGCUAUCACCGCAGCAAUCCAACUGGCUGCAGAGAAAGCGCAGCAACAAGCAGCAGCAGCGGCAGCAUCCGCCGCAAUUUACACCAGCGCAAGCUCACCGAUGACCAUUGCUACUCCUAGCCCCGCUCCUUACUCUGAAACACCCACAUUGACGCCAACGGCAGAUACUUCCAUCAACACGUAUGCGCUUUACCAGCAGCCGAAAAAGAAGGCCACCAAGCGCACCGUGGUCAUCGACAACGAGGCCGCUUCGGUGAAAGGCGCUUCCGCUGACAAUGACGAUGACGCGGCUAACAGAGAUGCAGGUGUUGAUGGACCGUUCCGCGCUGCUGCGUUGGCAUCUUCUCCCCCGCCCUUGCUGGCUGCUGCACCCACCGGCAGCAGUGAUCUUGCUGUUGCCGUCCCGAAAGCCACCAAGACGAAAAAGGACAAAGUCAAGUCUGCCAAACCCAAGGGAUCGCCAGCCAAGAACAAGCUCGUGGCAGAGAUUGGCGCGCCCGUUGCUGGUCCCAAAGGCAGUGGCCCUGCUGCCGCCGCUGGAGCCAGCCGGUCAGCGCCUGGCGCCUUGGGUGUCGAGCCGCCUGCUGCCACCACGGGCGAAGACUUUGCCAAAACCAUGCAAUCCAUGCGAAGCGAGGCCGGCAACGCAUGGCUGGUUGUGUGGAAUCACAUGAAUGCCGACGAGCAGAGCAGCGCGGCUGCGAGCGGCAAGACGGGCAAUCAUCAAGCAGACAUGACUUCCGACGACCCCAAUAGCGAUGACAUUGACGAAAUUUUGAAGCGAUCAGCUCUCGCCAUUCGCGCCAGCACGGCAACAAAGUCGGCCGAGCAGAAAGCCAAGGCACUUUCCGCAGUCGCCGCCGCUUCUGCAUCUGCGCCAGUGGACGCUGCUGCCAUCGAAGUGGUCACUCCUCAGGGCCCUUCGCGAACGGCCACUCCUGCUAAUGGCUCCGUCAAGCCAACCUCGAGCGCGAAAGCAUCGGCCGAGGCCGAGCCCGAGGAAAAGCCGCUCUUUGACUCUUUGGCUGCAGCCCUUCAACAGCAGCAGCAGCAAGAUGAGCAGUCGUUGCCCGUCGCUCAAAUAGCGCCCGCUCCUGCUCGCGCUGCUCGCCUCGGCAACGCGUCUGCAACCUCAACGGGCGAUGCUACCUCCACGCAGGAAAAUGUCGCGACGACCGAGUUCAUCGUGGAUGUGCUUGGACGGAACAAUUUUACGCGCAUUUCACGCAUCAUCACUGUGAGUGAAGACUCCAUUCUCGAGUCGGACGUGGCGAACGGCAGCCUCGUGGACAUGCUCGACACCAAAGCCCUGACCUCUGUCGACGAAAUUCGCCGAGAGGGAAACCGUCCCACACUGCACCUCGUGUUUAGCUACACGCGAACCGUGGUGAAGGAGCGAGAGUACACGAUGGAAGAUGACGCGGAAAAGGACGAGCUGAUGGCAAUCCUUCGGCCAGUUCUUCUUGCAAACGAGAAGAACUCCCUGGAUCGGCGCCUUCAAGGCCGCUUCCAGUGCGCGACGUGCUCAUUCACAUUUUCCGAGCGUGGAUCGGAGCCAGUAGUGUCGGGUGUGGUUGCAGCCAUCACCAACGCGUUUGGCGCGAAAUCCGCCGCUGCCGCCCUGCUUGACGCCAAUUCUGAUGGCACCUGCCCUCGGUGCAAGUCAGUGUUUGUCGUCAAAUAUUUUGGCGACGACAAGCAACAGCAACAGCAACAGCAACAGCAGCAACAACAACAACUACAACCAGUCCAACCGCAACCAGCGCCCUUGCAGGCUCCAAAACCAGUCAAGCCUCCGCUGCAGCACCAACAAAGCCAGGCUUGGUCGGACAUCAUCACGUCGGCCACUCAAGUCAGCAGUCAAAAGCAAUCAGAGCAGCAAUCUCUUGCUGGCUUAAUCCUCGAAGAAUCCGAGACCGAAGGCUCUGCCGCAGCAGCACCGCCGCCAGCGCCCGCAGCACCACCAAAGUUGCCCGACGCCGCAACGGCGCCAGAGCCCACGACAACAGCCACUGUUCUCGAAGACUUGGCGCGCGACACAUCAACGCUCGAGUCCCUCUUCACGACCGUCGACCAUCGCGCCCAGCUCCAGUUUUCGAUUGCCUUCUUCACAGACGACGACGAAGAAAAGUUUGUGUGUGGCAUGCGCACAACGUUCAUGCAAGUGUCUGGUGCGACAAAGAACGAUGCGCGUGUUGAGUCGCCGUGUCUGCUCGUUCUGAGUACCCGUGCCCUGUACAUUGCGCACGUCACGAGCUCCAUUGCCGCGGGCUCUUUCGGGAACCAGUCUGCCUUCCCGCCUGUCUUUACACCGACCUCGGUGAAGGCACUCAACGUGAGCCAAGUGCAGACGGUGGUUCAAGAGCUUCCGCGCUGUGCCGUGUCGACCUUCCCCAGCGCCAUCAACUUUGCUGAUCCUGCCAACGACUUGAAGCUGUUUGCCAGCCUCAAGCUCUCGCAGCUGACCUUCGUCGACGUCGGAUUGGGUCGCCACUCGUUCCGCGUCGAGUUUGCGGGCGGCACGACGUUUGUCUUCUUCCCGCGCGACGCGCUAUGGACACGCGUGUACAUGCGGUAUCUCUCUGAGGCCGUUUUGAUGGAAGCAGCUCGUAUCGGCGCAGAGCCCACCUUUGACGGCAUCAACACGUCGCCGAGCCCCCGAACAAUGGAUAAUUUGGCCAAAGUGGCGCGCCUGGCACGCCGCAUUGUCGAGGCCCCGCAGCUUGUACGGCCCGUGGCUACGCGCAAACCAGCUGCGUCUGAGGCUUCUCGUGGGCUGCGCGCCAACACGAUCGCCGACACCAACGCUGCGCGAGAGGACUCUGUGAGCAUUCUGGACUUUUUCGUGCCCGGAACGCUGGACGAAAAAGACCGCGACGGCUCCGCAACCGUCGGCGAUGACUCGCUUGCUCGAACGGAUGAAGAUGACGACACUGUCAUCUUUUACCCAGAUGACGCUCAGGACGCUGCUGACAAGGAGGCCGAGGACGACGAGGAUUCGCUUGCCCAACUUCUCACGGGUAGUGCGGCUGGUUUGUCGUCCAGCAGCAACAUGUCGGUACAGGCUUACCACCUGGUUCUUUGUCGUAAAGCUGGAUCUCGCAAGCUCCGACCACGAUCCAUCUUUGUCAUCCAAAACAGGCUGUUCAUGUGCGUCGAAAACUUUGGUUGGCCCGCGCCUCACCAGAAAGCCAAAAACCACAAGAUGCCUGCGCAACCCCAAUUUGGUUUGACGUCCUUCCAUAAAAUCGAUGACAUCUCGCAUAUGGAGCUGUCCGACAACCAGCCCUGCAGCGUUCUGAUGAUCUUCGAGGAUGAUCUCUUCACGACACCCGAUGCAAGCGAUGACGAGGAUGAACAAAUCACACCCAAGGCGCGCGAGGCGAUGAAUCGUUGGGACUUGGUGUUUGCGACAGCCGAUGCCGCCCACGCGUUCAAGCGGGACAUUUUCAAGCUGUUCAAAAUGCUAUUCCAAGUGGAUAUGGUUGUCAUUCCACGCGAUGAAGACGAGGAUGAACUUGGACAAAACGGCGAUGAUGAUUAGUGGUAGUUGAUUGAUUUUUUUUUUGGAUUAUAAUAUUUGUUUUUGGAAGAAGG